GGCUCUUGUAGCGUUUCCCAGAAAGGUCUGUGCUUCCUCUUCUCGCGAAUUUUCUGGGCAACCAAACAGGAGACAGUUUCCAGAUUGUUCAACUAAUAACUCCAGCAUUCUCCAUAGAUUUCUCUUUUUGGUUGAUCGAUUUGGCAUUGCUUCGACGAAUAAAAAGUCGUCUGGGACUGGCAUUGCCGUUCGAUUUUCCUUGACUUCGAUCGACAGCCGUCAAGGUGACUCUGGUUUUUCCGAGACGAUCGACGGUACCAUUUGGAAUGAUGACUCGGCAGUUCAGAUUAGUUUUAUCUAUAUUUGUGCUGUUUUUGUUUUCGGUACGGUCUCAGGCUGCUGUGUCAAGCAUAGAUCUAGGUUCGGAAUCGUUAAAAGUUGCCGUGGUAAACCUAAAACCUGGGCAGAGCCCAAUCACAAUAGCCAUCAAUGAGAUGUCCAAGCGGAAAUCUCCAGCUUUGGUGGCAUUCCAGUCUGGAACUAGGUUACUCGGUGAAGAAGCAGCAGGAAUCGUAGCUCGUUAUCCUGAUAAAGUCUAUUCCCAGCUCAGGGACAUGGUUGGGAAACCCUAUAAGCAUGUUAAGGGUUUUAUUGAUUCCAUGUACUUGCCAUUUGAUAUCGUAGAGGAUUCUAGAGGUGCCGUCAGUUUCAAAAUUGACGAUAAUGUUACAGGUUAUUCAAUUGAGGAGUUACUGGCAAUGAUUUUGAGUUAUGCAGCGAAUUUGGCUGAGUUUCAUUCAAAAGUGCCUGUUAAGGAUGCAGUGAUUUCAGUGCCACCCUACUUUGGACAAGCAGAGAGAAAGGGGUUGCUCCAGGCAGCACGGUUGGCAGGGAUUAAUGCUCUUUGUUUGAUAAAUGAGCAUUCAGGUGCUGCCUUGCAGUAUGGGAUUGAUAAGGAUUUCUCAAAUGGAUCAAGGCAUGUUAUAUUUUAUGAUAUGGGUUCCAGCAGCACUUAUGCAGCUCUUGUGUAUUAUUCUGCAUAUAAUGCUAAGGAGUUUGGAAAGACUGUUUCUGUUAACCAGUUUCAGGUUAAGGAUGUUAGAUGGGACUCAGAACUUGGUGGUCAGAAUAUGGAAUUGAGGUUGGUGGAGUACUUUGCAGAUGAAUUCAAUAAACAACUUGGAAAUGGGGUUGAUGUGAGGAAGUCUCCAAAAGCAAUGGCUAAAUUGAAGAAACAGGUCAAACGUACCAAAGAAAUUCUAAGUGCAAAUACCAUGGCUCCAUUAUCCAUUGAGUCCUUCUAUGAUGAUAGAGACUUCAGGAGCACCAUUACCCGCGAGAAGUUUGAAGAGCUCUGUGCAGAUCUUUGGGAGAGAUCUCUUACACCUGUGAAAGAAGUGCUCAAGCACUCUGGCUUAAAAUUAGAUGACAUAUUUGCAGUGGAGUUGAUUGGAGGAGCAACUAGAGUACCAAAGUUGCAGGCUAAGCUUCAGGAAUUUCUUGGAAGAAAAGAGCUGGACAAACACCUGGAUGCUGAUGAAGCAAUUGUUCUUGGUGCGGCCCUUCAUGCUGCUAAUUUAAGUGAUGGAAUCAAAUUAAAUCGUAAGCUGGGAAUGAUUGAUGGUUCUUCAUAUGGAUUUGUUAUUGAAUUGGAUGGACCUGGUCUUUCGGAAAAUGAUAGCAACAAGCAAUUACUUGUUCCAAGGAUGAAGAAGCUUCCCAGUAAGAUGUUCAGGACUAUCAUCCAUAAUAAAGAUUUUGGAGUUUCACUUGCCUAUGAAAGUGAAGAUCUCCUACCGCCCGGUCUUUUAUCCCCUGUGUUUGCUCAGUAUGCUGUGUCUGGUUUGGCAGAGGCAUCUGAGAAGUAUUCAUCUCGCAAUUUAUCCUCACCUAUCAAAACAAACCUACACUUUUCACUUAGUAGAAGUGGAAUCAUUUCUUUAGAUCGAGCAGAGGCUGUUAUUGAAAUAUCAGAGUGGGUAGAAGUUCCUAAAAAGAAUCUAUCUAUAGAGAAUACAACUACUGCUUCAUCUAACAAAUCUGUUGAAGUUGGUGUUGAUGCUGAAAAGGCCUCAGAAGAAAACAAAGAAAGCUUGAAUUCAGAUGGUGUACUGACCAACACAUCAGACACUACUGUUGAAGAACCAAGUACAGUAGAUCUUGGUACGGAGAAAAAGCUGAGGAAACGGACAUUUAGAGUGCCACUGAAGAUAGUGGAGAAAACAAUAGGGCCUGGAAUGUCUCUGUCAAAGGAGUCUCUUGCUGAAGCUAAAGGUAAAUUGGAGGCACUGGACAAGAAGGAUGCUGAAAGGAGAAAGACUGCUGAGUUAAAAAACAACCUUGAAGCCUAUAUAUAUUCUACCAAAGAAAAGCUUGAAUCUGAAGAUUUUGAGAAAAUAUCUUCUGCUGAUGAACGCCAGUCCUUUAUCCAAAAGCUUGAUGAGGUUCAAGAAUGGCUAUACACUGAUGGAGAAGAUGCAACAGCUAAGGAGUUUCAAGAACAUCUGGAUUCAUUAAAAACUGCUGGUGAUCCAAUAUUUUUCCGAUUUAAAGAACUAACUGAGCGGCCAGCAGCAGUAGAAUACUCUCAAAAAUACCUUGAUCAACUGCAGCAGGUAUGUGUGAUCCUUCUUUUUUGAAGGAUUUUAGUAUUAAAUGCAUUAUUAUGUUCAAGUAACAUACUGAUGUUGCCGCAUAUUUAUAUCCCAUACCAUUCAGAUGACAAUUGUCCUUCAUAAUAAAGGAAAGAAAGAGUAGUUUUAAAAAUGCAGGAUUGACAUAAAUAACCUUUUGUCCUCAUGCAGAUUCUACUUGGUGUUCAAGCUAAAACAGUUUAUGUGCAAACUGAAAAUUUGUAAAUGAACCAUAAUCAACUUCAUAUACUUAUGAUCUAACUAAAUUGGAUUAUUUUGAUUCACUUGCAAUAUACCCAUGACUCUAUUUAUUAUUUUGUUUCUCAGUCUGUAAAUUGAUAGCUGAUCUUAGUCUCACCCCCACCUUAUUUAUUUGCUAAUCUGUGUUUCUUGUGAGAUGGUAAUGGAGCCAUCAGCUCUCCCUCAGCUGAGAGAACUCAAUUCCAUUCAGUUUGCAGCUCCUUAAGAUACAAAUAUAUAUACAUAUUCUUG